AUGACGAAUGAAUUCAACCGCCUUGAAUCAAUAUCCGACUCGGAGGAGUACAAAGCGAAGAGUGUGCUGGAUUUGAUGUCCCUGACGGGAAAAGUCACAGUUGUCACAGGCGCCGCAAGAGGUAUUGGCCUUGGACUCGCCAGGGGAGCAGCGGAAUUGGGCAGCGAUGUUGCUAUUCUUGACAUCCUCGAGCAGCCAGCUGAAGAUUUAAAGAGCUGGGAGGGCUUGGGCGUUCGAGUAAAGUAUUACAGAACCGAUGUGACAAAGCCUGAAGAUCUGGCUACAGUGUUUGAAUCAAUCCACGGAGACUUUGGCCGUAUUGACAACUGCGUCACUGCCGCGGGGAUCGUGAUAGACAAACCCUUCCUCGACCAUGAAUGGGAGGAAAGUAUGAAGGUCCUAAACAUCAACGUCAUGGGAAGCAUUCUCUGUGCACAACUGGCCGCGAAAUACAUGCGAAAGCAGAACCAAGGAAGUAUAGUGAUGCUCGGCUCGACAGCUGCACACGGCGCUACACCCUCGCGAAACAUGGCAGUUUACUCUGCUUCGAAAGGAGCAAUAAUAUCUCUAACCCGAUCGCUGGCCGUGGAACUGGCCCAGUUUGGGAUCCGAGUCAACUCAGUAUCGCCCGGCUUCAUUGCCACUGAGAUGAUCCUGGAUGCGACACGAAAAGACCCCGAUCUUUGGAAGUCGUUUAAUAGCACGCCUCCGCUGCAGCGUGUGGGAACCAGGGGGGAUUUGAAGGGUAUUGUAGCAUGCCUGCUGACCGAUGCUGCUGCAUAUACCACGGGGGCUGAUAUUGUGGUUGACGGCGGGUUAAGCUCUGGACAGGCUUGUUAG